AUGGCACCCUACUCAACGCCAGAGCAAUUGAGCAAGGCUCAUUCGACCCUAGCGGAAACCUUUAGGAACGGCAAGACUAAGAACCUCGCGUGGCGUAAGUGGCAGCUUAAGCAAAUAUGGUGGAUGAUCGAGGACAACAAGGAGGCUAUCGCUGCUGCUCUGCACAAAGAUCUCCACCGCAGUCAGUUUGAGAGCUAUUGGGCUGAUAUAGCCGGCCUUCUGCGUGAUAUCACAAGGCAGCUUGACAAUCUGGAGAAGUGGACAGCCGACGAACGGCCAGAUGCUGGCUUCCUCUUUGGCACCUUGGGGAAAGCGAAAAUUGUUCAGGAGCCUCUUGGCGUGGCCCUGGUCAUAGGCGCAUGGAAUUUUCCCUUCUACCUGACAUUCAUGCCAUUGCUCGCCGCUGUCACUGCGGGCUGUUGCGUUCUCUUGAAGCCUUCAGAGGUUGCAGUCGCUUGCCAGGAUGUGAUGGCUGAGAUAGUCCCCAAGUACCUUGACCAGGAAGCUAUUCGGAUAGUCACUGGCGGGGUCAGUGAAAUGACUGCAGUCUUGAAGAUGAAAUUCGAUCAGAUCUUCUACACCGGAUCGCCUGCUGUUGGUCGUAUAAUCAGUGAAGCUGCCGCGAAAAACCUGACACCUGCAGUGCUGGAGCUCGGCGGACAAGCCCCUGCGAUUGUGACCGCCUCAGCAGACAUCGACGUCGCCGCCAAACGAGUGGCGCUGAGCAAAUUCACAAAUGCUGGCCAAAUAUGUCUAUGUAGCAACCACGUUUUUGUUGACCCGUCAGUUCACGAUGCCUUCGUCAAGCGUGCGAGUCACUGGAUGAAGCAAUUCAUGUCGGACAAAGAUCAAUUCGUUAAAAUCAUCAACGAGAGGCAAUUCGACCGCUUGUCAGGUUUGCUCGAUAAGACCGCUGGCGCCAUUGUACAUGGAGGCACCAUGUCCAAAGCUGACCGCUAUAUCGAGCCCACAAUUGUCAUCGACCUAAAUGUUUCCGAUUCACUCAUGUCUCAGGAGCUUUUCGGACCAAUUCUGCCAGUGAUACCUGCAGGCUAUCAGAAAGCAUGCGACAUCAUCCAAUCUAUGCCACAUCCUCUAGGUCUCUACAUCUUCAGCAGCAAGGAAUCAGAAAUCGACUACAUCCUCACCCAUAGCCAAUCAGGAGGCGUAACCAUCAACGACACUAUCAUGCACGCAGCUGUACCUAACGCACCUUUCGGCGGAGUCGGAAAUUCGGGCACAGGCGCAUAUCAUGGCAAAGCGGGAUUCGAUGCCUUCACUCAUAGACGGACUGUCGUCACGAUUCCCUCCUGGUUUGACCGUAUAUUGAGGAUACGGUACCCGCCUUUCGAUCAAAAGAAUAUCGCGAAGGUUGUGCCCAAGAAUCCUGGAUUUAAGAGGGGUGAGGGGAUUGAGGACCAAGUGAUUGGACGCAGUACGAAGGCGACGUUGACAAAGUGGCUCAAUACCUCCGCAAAAGCAGCGUUCGUCCUCUUUUUGCUCGCUUUUACCGACGCGAAGAUGGGUGGUCAGCCGAAAAUGUUGGAGGUGUUCGCAGCUGCUUAUGGCUGGAUCCGGAACAAAGUCCUGGGUCAAUAA